CUCUCGCCUACGCACAAUUUUUGCAGCCCACACAAAAUUCUUAUGUCCACUUCCUCGCCGUCACGGGAUUUCCAUCUUCUCUCUCUCCCACACCCAACGACACUUGAAGUCUCAGUCUCCGCCCCAACUCGCGGUUAAAGUGAUUGAUAUCUCGUGUUCCUCUCGAACUUUCAAAUACAUUCAAAAUGAAGCACGUCGCCGCUUACCUUCUUCUCGGCCUCGCCGGUAACGAGUCUCCCUCUGCCGCCGACAUCAAGACCGUUCUCGAGUCUGUCGGUAUCGAGGCUGAUGAGGACCGUCUCUCCACCAUCGUCUCUGAGCUCAAGGGCAAGACCCUCGCUGAGUUGAUCGAGGCUGGUAGCGCCAAGCUCGCUUCCGUUCCCUCUGGUGGUGCCGCCGCUGGUGGUGCUGCUGCCGCCGGUGGUGCCGCUGCCGCUGCUGACGCUCCCGCCGCUGAGGAGAAGGAGGAGGAGAAGGAGGAGUCUGAUGAGGACAUGGGCUUCGGUCUCUUCGAUUAAGCAACCCAUAUCGGGUCUGUACUUUAACGAAAGCAUACGAAGUUGGGAAAAGUCUGUAUCCGGUUGUAUGACGGUUCUAUCAUGUAUAAUUCGUGGGAGGAUUAGUCGGCCAGGGUUUAUGCCUGGAUACGCUCGGUGCGUGGUCUAGGUCCAGGCUUUGGGAAAUAAAAAAGCAACCAUGAUUUUUUCAAAUU